AUGACUGAUCCGUUCGCUUAUGAUUAUCCUUCGCCUUUGGAGGGGUAUGAGGGCUUGGAACCGCUGCCUGUAGAAUUGAGCGAAGAUGGCAAAUCUAUUAAGAACCCCCAGCAUGGUAUCCUAAGCAAAGCAUAUGAAGAAUUCCCCGAUCCGCUGGCAAAAGAUCGACAGGGGGGAUUCGAUGUCCAUAUCUACCAUUUCCAGAAUAAUCCAGCACAAGUCGCAUACGCAAGGGCUCUUUACGAGCGAGUCCGCCGUGAAUUCCCCGAGCUACGCAUUUAUCGAUUCUGGGAAGGGCCACUUGGACCUCAUCCCAUUGCCAUGUUUGAAGUUAAUCUAUUUACCCCGGCGCAGUUUGGGGCGUUCAUUCCCUGGCUUGUUAUCAAUCGGGGGCCGUUGAGUGCGCUGCUUCAUCCGAAUACAACUGAGGAGGAGGACGAGCGGAAUCAUACGCAGCGGGCGACGUGGUUGGGGGAUAAGAUUCCGUUGGAUUUGAGCCUUUUUAAGAAGAAGAAUAGCCAGAAUUAG